GCUUCUCUCUCUUUCGUUUACGAUAGACUUUCAUCACAUUUUUUCUGCACUGAAAUCGUAAACAAAUAAUUGAAACACAAUUAUCGCAAUGGGUUUGAAAGCCACACAAGCCGUACGCCAAUUGAGCCGUUUGUUUGCCAACACAACUAAUCUACCCGUCAGGUGUAUGUCCGACGGAGGAUUUGGCAGUGGGGCCGGAAAGGUAUGCCUCACCCGCGCCCACCCGUGCGACACCACCCGGUGCUCUCCCUGUCUCGGCCUUAUGCGGUCAAUUGGCGGAGGGUCGGGCGGAUCCAUUCGCGACGCCGGCGGUGCGUUCGGCAAACAAGAGGCCGCCCGCGAAGAGGAGUUCUUCCGCCGCCAACAGAAGGAACAGUUGGAGAAAUUGAAGGCCGGUUUGGAUGGAGAGAAGGAACGGCUCGAGAAGCUCAUCAAAGACCACGAGAAGGAGAUCCAGAAGCUCCAGAAGUUGCAAAAAGAUGGCAAAUAACAGAUAAUGGGAUGUUUUGGCCGACAGACACGAGUCUGGAGUUUAUUAGUUUUGAUUGUAAUAACGAUUUAUUUGCCAUUUAAUUGAUUAUUGAAUUUGUUUUGUUAGUUAUUUUAAUUGAAUGAUUAAAUUUCAAUUCAUUUAUUGUAAUAAUAGUAAACAGUAAUGAAAUUUAGAAUAAAUUAGUGUUUGA